AUGUCGAAUACAUGUUGCAAACACGAGUCCAAGGAUACUACUACAAGGAACUUCAAGCUGACAAAGCAACCAUCCAAAGCUGCAGCUACUUGCACUACCAUCCAACCUUUACCCGAUGACCCACUGGCAGAAACACCUGAUUGUGAUACUGGAAACACGUCUACAGAUACAAGCCCGACUCUUGUGGCUUCAAGCCUUCCAGCAUCUCCCCGAUUCUGGCCAGCAGACUCGGCUGAUGAUGAUACCUCCCUUGAGGCACUCCCUGACUCGGAACUAGGCAACACUGGCGACUACAGCUAUGACUAUGACAUGCCCCUAGAUUUUGAUCAACAGUUGGAUAUCAGCUCUAGGGACCAGCUUGAAGUGAGCAUGUCAGACAGCAUAGAUCAUAACCCCAAGCCUGAGCCAUGGGAGUCCCUCCCCCCAGAGUCAAUAUCACAGUCCGAUAAUCAUAAUAACAAUCCCGUUCAAGAUAGUGAUGAUGAAUUUGAAGACCUGGUGACUUUGGUCCCAGCAUUUCGGCAGACACCACCCAUGCGUCUUGUCUACCUCCAGUCAGCGAUUGCCCACAUCACCGGAGUGGCGACGGUUACUGAUGCUACCAACCGACUACAAGAUGGGCUUGAUCUCAUCGAAAUAUGUGGUGUCUUACCAGUACAUCCACAACCCCUUCGUUCUCUCGCAACUGUCAAGAAACACCUUGGCCUGCAGGUAGACGACUAUGUCGAGAAAAAAGCGAUCUGUACAAGAUGCUAUAAAUUCUACUCCCCUCAAGACAUCCAAGAUCUGAUAUCCCUGAACUGCACAGUUCGAAGAUGUCAAGGCAUCAUCUAUCGCAUGAAACACGAGCGCCCAGAUGAUAUCACUGGCAUAGAGCGAAAAGUUGGACUCAAACGAGUCAUUGAAGCAGAUGGCUCAAUUGUUGAUGUUGAAGUCACUCCAGGAUCAAGUCGCUCGCUAUUCUCUUGUGAAGUUGGCCUAAGUAUGACUAUCAAUAUUGACUGGUUUGGUAUCACUGAAAAUAGACCUGUUAAGGUCGUGCUCAAGGGAGAGGUUACUCAAAGGGCUUUGGCUUCAGCUCGUGCGCUGUGCCCCUUACCCGAGUAUGUGCCCUUUAAUUUCCAGGGGACAGAGGGGAAGUCCGAUGGAAGUCCGGGGAGUUCCGGAGGACUUAGUGUCGGUGGAGCUUGGUGGAACUCCAGAAGGGUUAUGUGGGGACGGAGUAAGGCUUCUAUGGAAGUCCAGAGUAGAAACAGAACAGAGGUUAGACUACCCUAA